UGGAAGAAAAGACCCACAAAGAUGCACAUUGCUAGUCAACCAGUUCCGCUCUUGUCAGGAUAAUGUUUUAAACAUCGUAAAUCAAAUCAUGGAUGAAUGCAUUCCACAUGAACGGGCCAACCGGGACUUCUGUGUUAAAUUUCCAGAAGAAAUACGCCAUGACAACCUUGCAGGGCAGCUUUGGUUUGGAGCAGAGUGCUUGGCUGCUGGUUCCAUUAUUAUGAAUCGUGAAAUUGAGAGCAUGGCUAUGAGACCAUUGGCCAAGGAUCUGACCCGCAGCCUGGAGGAAGUUAGGAACAUUAUUCGCGACCAGGCCUUAAGGGAUUUGAAUCUUUACACAGAAAAAAUGAAAGAGUCGCUUAAACAUUUUGAUGUCCUUUUUGCUGAAUUUGAGUUAAGUUAUGUAUCAGCCAUGGUACCUGUAAAGUCUCCAAAAGAGUAUUAUGUACAGCAAGAGGUAAUCGUGCUUUUUUGUGAAACAGUAGAGAGAGCUUUAAAGCUUGGAUACCUCACUCAAGAUAUGAUUGAUGACUAUGAACCAGCAUUAAUGUUUACCAUCCCAAGAUUAGCCAUUGUGUGUGGGCUUGUAGUUUAUUCUGAAGGACCAUUGAACUUGGACCGCAAGCCAGAAGAUAUGUCUGAGCUUUUCAGACCCUUCCAUACUUUGCUAAGGAAAAUAAGGGAUCUGCUUCAGACCUUAACUGAUGAUGAGCUGCACACACUGGAACGUAACCUCUGCAUAUCCCAGGAUGUGGAUUUUCCUGUCAGAACAGAUCCUGAAGUGCCCACUGUCAGUACAACUGCCUUAGCUGCAACUUUGCCUGCUGAGGAGCUUUCAGCAAAAGCUGAAAACACAGAGGCUGAGCUAGCCUGCUCUAUGCAGUAUGAUGAACAGGAAUUGGAACAGCUGAAUAGGAUGGUCCACAGGGUUGGAGAUGAGAUGUCUUCCCUGCUUUCCCCACCAAGUGUCUGCCAGUCUCCAGCACAUAGACCUGGCAUAAGAAAUGGCUCCAGCACAGAGACCUCACCUAACAGGCAACAUCUUGACAACUUAAUUGACGAAGAUGAGAGAGUGUUUUUUAUGGAUGAUCUGGAUGGAGCAGGAGAAGCUCUUGCUGGGUUGGAUUCAGCCAAUGACACAUUUGCAUGGGUGAAUAACCCUUGCCACAAUUCAAAGCAGAGUGUGCAGCACAGGGACCCUCUAGUGUAUGACAAUGGUCAUCAAACAGAAGAGACUUUACUUUUAAGAGAGGCAGAAAGCGAUUUAAGCAAUAAUAACAAUAUUGAAGAUGGCAAACAGAUGACUUGUAUCUCAAUUCAAAAUUCGUGCAGUUGUUUAGAAGGUCCUGAUUCACAGUUAUACCUCAAUGGCUGGGAUACAUAUGCUGAUGCAGAGACAGCAGAAAUGAUAGCCCAUAGGACGGGUGGAAUGAAGAUAUCUGCUACUGUAAUAUUUAAUCCCAAAUCUCCCUCUACUUCAGAAUCCCCAGUAACAACACCAGAAGUUGCUAUCAGUUGUGUUCCUGGGUCUUCUGAUUCUUUAGCUGAUGAAGAGGAGAGUGAAUCCCAUAAACUCAGCAUAGCUGCCACAAAUUGUCUAAUUAAUUCCUGUGUGUGUUGUGGCAGCUGUGAAGACAGUAGGGAGGAUAAUAUUGACCGUUUAAAGACCAGACAUUCCCCAGGAAAAGUUAUAAAUGCUUCUUACAGUUUAGUAAAAUCUAAAGAAAAGGACCAUAUAGAUAAACUGGAUAGUGCAGUCUCUGCACAGGAGGCAUUAAAAACUGAAACGUCUCCUGCUUUGCUAGCAGAAAGAGAUUCUGGCAGAGAAGAACAGAAACUGUCUAACUCCUCUAAGUGCCUGGCACAUUCCUCAGGUUCACAGCUGGGAGCAGAAAAUGGAUCACAAGUAGAGGUGGAAAUCUCAAAUCAGCAAAAGAAAUGGGAGAAAAGAAGGCAGCCAAGUCAAAAGCAAUCAGAGAACAAUGAAGAAAGUAGUAGUGAAAGAAUAGCAAAGGAUGACAUUAAAUCAAGAUCUAGUUCAAGUUCUCAGGAUGGCUUACGUGAUUCCCCCCUCAGCUCCAUCUCCAGCAGUGACUAUGACAGUGUUUCUGUCACUACAUGUAGUCUCUCCAGCAUAUACGCUCUGAGCUCCUGUUCAUCUGAUGACAUUGAUCAGGAGGAAAUCCAGCUUGCCUUGCAGGCAGCUAAAAUUGCUACCAGAGAAAAGAUCAGAUCCCGAUUUCACGGCAGCAAUGACCUUAUUCACCGACUCUUUGUCUGCAUCUCCGGUGUGGCUGACCAGCUGCAGACAAACUAUGCCAGUGAUUUGCGAAGCAUCUUAAAGACCUUAUUUGAAGUGAUGGCAACCAAACCCGAAACAGAGGACAAGGAAAAGCAAAAGAAAGUUAAUCAGGGUUUAAGGAAUGCAGCACUGGAAGAUUGUGCUUUAUGCCAGGAAACCAUAUCGUCUUCAGAACUUGCAGCGAAGGCCAGAGAUGGGGACUUUGAAGAUCCUCCUGAUUGGGUACCAGAUGAAGUCUGCAGCUACUGCACUGCGUGCAAAGCUCCUUUCACAGUAAUUCGCAGGAAACACCAUUGUAGGAGCUGUGGGAAGAUCUUCUGCUCUCGUUGUUCCUCCCACUCUGCUCCAUUACCUCGCUAUGGUCAGAUGAAGCCUGUCCGGGUUUGCACUCACUGCUACAUGUUCCAUGUCACUCCUUUCUACAGUGACAAGGCUGGUAUCUGA